UGAUGGUUACCGCAUUCGGCCACCGUCACCGCCGGUCACAACUACACGCGCCGCGCCGCCGCGCGAACGUAUGAAGUUUGUAUUCGAAUUUCGAAUAGUUCGUUCCGUUGCCGCGUUCGGUACGAUUUAAAAACAAAGUUUCCGUAAUCUGUGGUGGAAUUGAUAAAUUUCAAAAAUGGAAGGCUGCGGAAUGAGAUGUAUAAAAUAUCUGUUGGUAGUUUUCAACGGGUUGUUUUUGAUCUUCGGAAUUGUGAUCAUAGCUGCAGCAUGCGUGGACAUGGGCAUGAUCAAGGGCUUCGCUGGCAUGGAGCCGACAGGCCACGAGACGGACGCUGUCCUCAUAGCUAUUGGCGUGCUUAUCAUCGUGAUAGCCGCCUUUGGAUGUUUCGGCGCGUGGAAGGAGAGCCCUAAGUUGCUGUAUAUAUUUGCGGGUUGCCUCAUCAUCAUCAUACUUCUCGAGCUAUCUGUUGGCAUAGCGGCCGCCGCCCUACGUCCCCAGAUCGAAGGCACAUUGAAAACUCAGCUCCGGGCGUCCUUUAUCAAGAACAAAUCGACCAGGGAGGAAGACUCCACUUACAGGGAUUUCUGGGAUCGCAUUCAAACUAAUCUUGAAUGCUGCGGUAUCACCGGCCCGGACAACUACGGCGCCUCAGAGCCUCGUCUCAACCCUUCGUUCAGCUGUUGCCCCCCUGAUGACUCAAACCGCGACGACCAGAUCAAGCGCUCCGACUGUCUCUCCCUUGGCAAAUACUACAAGGAAGGGUGUGAAGACAAGGUGCUGAGUACCGUACACAGUGCAGGCAUGACGGUCAUCGUUUGCGGAAUCCUCUUCUGUUUCUUAGAGGUGGCGGGAAUAGUGCUCGCGUUAUGGCUGGCGCACGCCAUAAAAACGCAGGGGAAAAGCCGAGAGACAGCUUAAACUAAGUCACAGUAGAUUAUUGAAGCAUCUUUGUUAAAAUUCACAUUCUACAAUGCACAUAUUUGUAAGGUAGACCUGUUAGAAUUAAUUGAUAAUUUAUUUUUAUGAUACAAGUAAUGAUGAUACAAGUUGCCUUAUUGUCAAUAUCAUUAGUGUAUUUUUAUUAUUUGUAAUAUUGAAAACAACUUCUCAUAUAAUAAUUAAAAAAAAUCUUUCCAACUCUAAGAUUGUAUGUGCUAGAUACUUUUGCCUUGUGUUCAAUUAAUUGAAGUUAAAAAAAAAUUACGAGAAAACAUAAAAUACUUUUGCCAUUUUUUAUACAUACAUACAUACAUACAUAUCUGUCACGCCUGUUUCCCAUUAGGGUAGGCAGAAACAAUAGAACGCCAAAUGCUUCGAUUCAAACAAACCUCUUUCGCUUUUUCCACAUUCAUCAAUCUUGUCAUACACGCUCGCCGGUUACGUACGGGUACUUAUUUUUUAUACAUAUUAGAUAUUGAACUAUUCAUAGUUUUUCAAUAUUACAUGUAAUAAAAAUAUAAUACUUAUCACGUACUUUUGUAUUUGAAAGUUACCAUAUUUAAUUACAAAAUUUAGAAAUUUAUUUUGUACUCAUAUACAGUCAGCGUCAAAUAUCAAUGAACAAUUUACAAUCUACUAGAUUUCCAAAUUAUAUUUACCCGUAUGGUAUAUUUUUUUAAUAUAACUUUAAGGUAUAAUUUUGAAACAUCCCAAAAAUUGGGACAUUUAAUACAUGACUAAAUUUUAUUAUAUUUAUAUAAGACUAAAUUUAACUGCUACAUUAAUACUAUAAUAAAAUCUAACUAAAUUGUCUAAAAAAAAUUAAUUAUUGCUUAGUUGUUUAGAAUACAAACUUUGUAAAUCUAAUUAAAUAUUUAAUUCCAAUUUCAAAAUUAAAUCUAUGAAUAUGUUUCUUAUCGAUAUAUGAAGCUGGCUGUAUAAAUCAAACAUGUCAAUUUGGUUAAGUAAUUAAUUUAUUAAUUAUUAUAAUAAAGUAAUAAAAUAAUUUCACUAAAAAAAAAGAAACACUGAAUAUCGAUUUGGUGCUGUUAUUUUAUUAUAAAGUAUAAAAUUUAUAAAGUAUAUUAUAUAUAUAAUAUUAAUAAAGUAACAUUUUAUUGUAUUCUUUUCUACUAUGAGUCUAUUGAAUGAUUGACUAUUUAGUAAAAUAAAAACCAAUACUUAGAAUUAAUUAAAGCCCGGUUAAGUACAUACGUAUUUAUAUAAGUAUAUAUAUAAUUUAGUUAUAUAAAAAUAUUGUUUUUCGAAUGCAAAAAAAGCUUUUUUUACGUUAAGUAUAAACUUUCUGCAUUUUAGUAGCUUAUUUUGUUACGAUCAAAUUCAAUAAAUUUUAAAGAUAAAAUAAAUUUAAAUAGGAAAUUAUGAUUCUCUUGUGUACUAUGCUUAAUCUAUGAUUUGCUAUAGACAUAGACCAUUCUUUGUCUAUUUUUUCUUAAUUAUAAAAAUUAUGGAGACAUCAAUAAUUACCUCUUAAUUUUCGCUUAUUAAUUUUUUUUUUAUAUUCUUUAUUUUUCUACUUUUUUUAUUUUUUAUUACAUUGUUAUUUUAUCAUCCUAGUACCGACAGUGCUGUAAAUUGACUUUAAUUUGUUAGUAAAAUACGUCAGUAAAUAGGUAGUUCAUUUUUGUUAUCGCUAGUUUUGUCAUAAUUUAAACUUUUAAUAUAAUAUCCAUUUUGUAAUAUUAAUACUUAAGCUUUAAUAAUUUAUGUAGAAUUCUUAGAUUAAGUAUGGCCUAUUAAGGAGAUUUGUGAAGAGUAAGUAGUUCUGUGUUUAAUAUAUGUAUAAUUCUAAUGUAUGAAAUUUAUAUCAAAUACGUCUUAAUCAUAAAUAUUUUAAUGGAUAUUUGGAAAUAUAAAAAAGUCCUGCCCCAAAUUCGAACAUACGCACUUCAAAAAGAAAAUUUUCUACGUGGCUUGUAUUCAAUUUGCGACAAUUUAAAUGGUACUUAAAUUGUAACUAUUAAAUCUUAAACAUUUGAAAGUAGAAAUACGUAAUAUUUUAAAUUUCUGACAGUAGAAAUAAUGAGUAUAUCAUAUUAGUAUAUAAUAUUAUAUUAUAUAUAAUAUCUUUCUUUUUCUUUUUUCAUCGUCGAUUAUGUAAAAGAAAAAAAAAAGAAAAAAAUGGAAUCACAUAAAUAUUUAAAGUUGUUAAAAUUUAAAAACUUUUUAUAACGCUUACCUCUUUCUUGUUAGCUCGAAACUCAGCCAUCCGGCUGAGAACGUCUCCACCACGGAGAUACUUACGCUGGUAUUUAUGGCUCUUUACAGCUGUUAACUCCAAAGUUAUUUUUAUAUAGGCCUAUUACUAGUCAUAAUAGAUCAUAAAUAUAAUUGUUAAUACCAGAAUCCUCGCUAUGUGUUUAAUUCAGGUAUUAUGAUAUAUCAAUUUUAUAAUAUUUAUUAUAGAUAAAUAAAAAAUAAAUAUAUAAAACUGUUAUCAUGUAAUAAUAGAAAAAAAAUAAAACGUAACCAUAGAUCACUACAGGUAAUUGGAAGGGCAAUUAGAUAAAAAUCGAUUUGGAUUCUCUUCCAUCAAUAAUUUUAUAAUUAUGAAUAUUCAUGGGCGCCGUUAAAAUUACUUUAAAACUAUUUAUAACUACUCUUCUUCAACCAAAAGUUGGCUGCAAGAAAUCGCUUUUAGCGAUAAGGGCCUCUAGACAAGUGGCAAGCGAAUUCGUCGAUGGAAUCAACAUCGCUAGCGAGUCCGUGAGUUGGAAUGAGUCAUCCGGCGUUGCUAUCUCAUUCUGUCGCACGGACUCGCUAGCGAUGUCGAUUCCAUCGACGAAUUCGCUUGCCACUUGUCUAGAGGGCAAAGUCACCCAUUGUUUUCUCAAUUUGAACAUUUCAUGUAAUUGUAUAUAUUUAUAAUAAAUUUACUACUGUAAUGUUUUGGAAAAAACAUCUACCUUAAGAAAGGAUGCAUCUGCAUACUAUUAAUAUACUAUACUAUUAAUUAAUAAAAUAUAAAUUCUAGAUAAAUUAUACAUAUAUGUAUAAACUGGAACAGCAACUCAGAUGCUUUAAGUUUGAAUAAUCAAACAUUUCAAGCAUUUUAUUACCGACAGGAUUCUGCUAGUAUACCCUGCACCUUGUCUCAGGCGCCCAUAAAUAUAUUUCAAAGCAACUAUUAUAUAUAUAAUUUUCAUAAAGUAAUCAAUGUUUUCUUAUUCCCACCCUUUAUGUACAAAAGUAACUAUAAGUAGAAUAUAGUGAAUAAAAACACUAAUUUGAAAUUGAUAUCGUGUGAUCUUGUUUAUUUGUAAGUAUUAUUAUAUUUUUAUUUAGUUUCGUCCAAUGACAUAAUUUCAUAAUUGUACAGAUGUCAUGUUGCAUACAAUUGUAAAAUUUAUGAAUAUUUUAAAUAAAUUGAUUACAUGGAGA